UGAUGUUUCUUACUCUGCUUUAACGCUUCUGCAACUUUUAGGAAUCGGAUUUCUUUCUCUGUGUUUCCUUCUUUCGUUUUUUUCCCCUUGCGACGCAUUUUGGAUCUAUAAAGUUUAUUAUCGUUGUUUUAAUUCGGGCUCAAUUAACGAAUCAACAUGCCGCGGUCAUUUCUGGUGAAGAACAAACGAUGCGCCUCUUAUAACAUCCAUCGCACUUAUGAAGAGGAGCAGCCGGCGGAGUCUGAAGGCCAGGAAGUCCCGUCGCAGCUGCAGAGCACAGACUCAUCAGAGGAGCCCCUGUCUGAGGGGCCCUCCCUGUCCGCAGACCGGUGCUCCCCUCCGGAGGAUUCAGAGCCGCAGUGUCCGUUACCUGCUCACCCAGAGCCGGCCAGCCCGCCGCUGGCCCCCGCUCACCCCUACUACCUGACAGAGCCCCACAUGGCCGAGUUCCCACCUUACUACAAGCCUUCGUACGCCUGGGAGCCGGUGUCGUCGUCCUACGAGCUGCAGCAGCUGAGCUUCAGCCCCACGGUGCUGCAGCACGCCAGCAGCCUGUACGGCGGCCACAUCAGCCGCAGUCCGCCGCUGCAGCAGCCGCUGGACUGCAGCACGCACUACUCCCCCACCUCCAACACCUACCACUGCAUCACCUGUGACAAAGUGUUCUCAACCUCCCAUGGACUGGAGGUUCAUGUCAGGCGGUCGCACAGCGGAAUGAGACCUUUUGGUUGCAGCAUCUGUAGGAAAACCUUUGGGCACGCCGUGAGCCUGGAGCAGCACAUGAACGUUCACUCCCAGGAAAAAAGCUUUGAGUGCAAGAUGUGCGGUAAAUCCUUCAAGCGCUCSUCCACGCUGUCCACACACCUGCUCAUCCACUCCGACACCAGACCGUACCCCUGUCAGUACUGCGGGAAACGCUUCCAUCAGAAGUCGGACAUGAAGAAGCACACGUACAUCCACACAGGCGAAAAGCCGCACAAGUGCCAGGUUUGCGGCAAAGCGUUCAGCCAGAGCUCCAACCUGAUCACCCACAGCAGGAAGCACACGGGAUUCAAACCGUUUGGGUGCGACGUUUGCUCAAAGGGCUUCCAGAGAAAGGUGGAUCUGCGGCGGCACCACGAGAGUCAGCACGGCAUGAAGUGAAGGCGCCCGAAUGUUUGUACAUAUUAGAUUUCUAUUAAAACAACGAGCGUCAGGUGUGUCUGGGAUGGCAGGACUCCUUCAGGCAAACUGAAACGUAAUAUAUAGGAAUCCAUCUUUAAAAUCAAAUGUCUGUAUAAAUGUGAAAAAUUUGUAUAAUUUUGUAUUUAUUUUCUGGUCACUGCAACAAAAAAAAAACAACAACAAAAUAUUACCAAGUUUUGUAGUCUAGUUUCAAUUCAAAUACCUAAUGUUACAAAUCAGCCGUUACCUAGCAACCCCAGGGAAGACUGGCCCUGUUACCUAGCAACCCCAACGGAACUCUUUGAAAAUCUGCACUUGAAAUAAGACAAAAUUUACAGGGAAUAGGAGCUGGUUUUGAGUCAAUUAUUCCUUAACAUGUGAAAUAAAACAUUUUAACUUAUAGAAAAAGAUUAUUUAGAUUAUUUCACUUUGAACAGAGUUAGGGA